UGUGGUGACGGUGGCCGAGGUGUCAAGCGGAUCUGAAGAGUGGCGGGAUUCCCUUUUCUUCCUUCGUGGUUUCCUGGCUGGGAAGAGCUCUCAGGCGCCUGACCUACCGCAAAGGUGUUUCCUGAUCCUCGGGUGCAGUGUCGGCCCCAGCAUCAAGAGCUUACCCUCGGGGCCGAAUGAGCAGUGGACCAUGCCCCUCCUAACCCAACAGAUCCAAGAUGAGAAUGAGAACAGCUUAGUGGCCAGCCUUGACAACGUCAGGAAUCUCUCUACUAUCUUGAAAGCUAUUCAUUUCAAAGACUUUGCCACAUGUUUCGCUACUAAAAAUGGAAUCAAGGUUACAGUGGAAAAUGCAAAGUGUGUGCAAGCAAAUGCUUUUAUUCAGGCUGAAAUAUUUCAAGAGUUUGUGGUUCAGGAAGAGUCUAUUACUUUUCGAAUUAAUUUAACAGUCCUUUUGGACUGCUUAUCUAUUUUUGGAUCAAGUCCUAUGCCAGGGACUUUAACUGCACUUCGAAUGUGUUACCAAGGCUAUGGUCACCCUUUGAUGUUAUUUCUGGAAGAGGGAGGAGUGGUAACGGUCUGCAAAAUCAAUACUCAGGAGCCCGAGGAGACUCUUGAUUUUGAUUUCUGUAGCACCAAUGUUAUUAAUAAAAUUAUUCUGCAGUCAGAAGGGCUCCGUGAAGCAUUUUCUGAAUUGGAUAUGACAAGUGAGGUCCUCCAAAUCACCAUGUCUCCUGAUAAGCCAUAUUUCAGGUUAUCUACUUUUGGAAAUGCAGGAAGCUCCCACCUUGAUUAUCCCAAAGAUUCUGAUUUGAUGGAAGCAUUUCAUUGUAAUCAGACCCAGGUUAACAGAUACAAGAUUUCUUUACUGAAACCCUCUACCAAGGCAUUAGUUUUAUCUUGUAAGGUAUCUAUUCGGACAGAUAACCGGGGAUUCCUCUCAUUACAGUACAUGAUUAGAAAUGAAGAUGGACAAAUAUGUUUUGUAGAAUAUUACUGUUGCCCUGAUGAAGAAGUUCCUGAAUCUUGAAUAUAAAAAUUCAGUAGGUUUAUGUGUAUAUUUAAGAAAGAUUAUGUUCUCAUUUUGAGUACAAUACUCAUGAUUUCUUGUUGGAUUUUCUAUAGGUCUCUGUAGGCUAACAAUUGUUAUGUAUUUCAUAAAUAAAUGUUUUCAUGUAGACAUAGACUAUCCAGCUUUUUGGACUAUCCUGUGGUUCUAUCUUUUGAACUCAUGGGAAUAAUUGUGAGUCAAGGUGAAUAAGUUAUGAUCUGUUCUGUUUAAGUAGAAUGCUUAGUAGACUUAAGGUUUUAUUUUAAUGAAGUUACAUUAACAAGGUUCCCCCAGGAAAUCCUGAUGAGUGCCAAAAUUUGAAAACCACUGUUUUGAAGGAUUCUUAAAAAAAAA